UUGCCUUAAAUCACUGUGGACAUGACAUGUUUGUAGGCUGGCACGCUAAAGUUAUUAAUGCUUUUCACACGAGUUAAUAGUUAUUUUGAAUCACGUAACUCAUACAACGAUGCACGUCCAAGGUUUGUCUUGAUAUUAGUCUUGUCCUUAUUUAAUGCUGGUAUGCUUAGUCUACAGGUCAGGUUAGCCAUUGCAUUAGAUUAGCUAGCUAGCUAGCUAGCAAGCAAGCACUAGCUAAAGUUGUCAUCGACGUUGUUAUUACUACACACACAGACAGUAACGCAGUUGCUACACAGUUGCAUGAUAGCAAGUAUGCUAACUUUGUGAGCUAAUUUUAGCACAAUAUAUAAGUAAAACAAUAAACGGCACAUUGUGGUAUCUUAUUGACAGACAUUAAGAUAGGACGAUAAAUAACACAUCAAACACGAAGGAUUUGCUAUUAACUAUGCUAUCUCUAGCGCUAACUAUUAGAAGCUGCAGUGUUUGGCUGGUAAAUAAAGUAUAGACAGUUCCUUGACUCUGACCAGCUAAAACAAUGCACUUUAGAUAUAGCGUUAAUUUUCUGCCAAACAUGCACCUUUUGAACGUCGAUUUGGAGCCAGUAGGGGAGAGCAAAGCUCUGAAAACCUAUUGCUGCAGGAUGGUCUCGGUGGUCCACAGGCACAAGCACCCAGCUGCCUCAAGACAUCCGGAGAAGAAAAAGAGCAGGAGAGACAGAAGUGAUACUAGACAUAGAGAGCUGAGGCUGGAGAGAGAGGAGUCUUGCCUUCCAGAGCUUACAGUAGGAAAGAGGAGAGAUGUGAACUCCCAACUCCCUCUGUUAGACCCUGUCGACCGACCAGUCCCCAUGCAGCUCAUCUCAGUGCUCAAACUGAAGAGCUUUGCUGAAGAAAUGAGACGGGCAGCAGACAUAGAGAUACACGACCCUUCAGUAUGUGGUGAGUGUGUGGAGCAGCAGGCUAGUCUGGCACUAGACACGUUCAUACAGCGGAAGAGGACUCUACUGGAUUCUCUCACACUCGAGGACAGACUCCAGACUCACCUCUGCAACAGAGACACUGUGUGCCUCUUGGGAGAGCUCUUACGGAAUCUGCCAAAGCUCUCUGACGCACCCCAAACAAUCUGGGAGGAACUGCAAGCCAAGGAGAGAGGCUUAUUGCCAUCAGGGGUAACCCAGGCAACACCACAGGAACAAUUAGACCCUCCAACUGUGUAAAAACACAACAUUCCCAAUGUAGUAAAAAAAAAACAGUUAUUUAUUUUUGUAUUAAAGAUUCACAUACAACACUAUUAAAACC